UUCCCGGAUCUCAGCACGUGAAAUUCUUUCUUAUAGUCCUAUGAGGUUGCCUGUGUGAAUGAUGCCUGCCGCAUCUAACAAAGUCGAGCAAAAGACCUCUUUGGAGGCACAAGAUCCUUUGAAACUAGCUCUUGUCAUGCUUGACAAGAAGGUCAGGAAUUUGGAUAAAAGAAAGGCCAAGCUAGAUGCUAUCCGCACAAAAGCUGCCUCUGGUGCUGUACUGGAGAAAGAGCAGCAGGAUGCUAUCCAACAUUUUGAGGAAGUAUCUACCAACUUGGAAUUUGCAAAGGAACUCCAAAAGCAAAUGAAUGGCAUAGCUGCUGAUGCAGAAAAGCUGCAGAAGAAGCAGGCCAAACGAGAGAAGCAAGAGAGGACCGCUAGUGAGCUCCGUCGUAUAACAGAAGUUCUUCAGGUCCAAACAACUCUUGAUUGCCUUGGCUCCGAAAAAGUGCGGGAGCAUUUCAAAACUGGAAAAUUUGGUGCUGUGGUGCUGACAGAAGACAAUCUGUCCCAGCUUGACGAGCUUUAUCAGCUGAUCAGUCCUUCCAGGGAAUCUUCCACAGAUUUCAAUGCUGCUUUGAGCUCAGCUUCUGAGCACAUUAUCAGUUUGCUUGAAGCUCGAGAUCGACCAGCAGUGGGAUCUACUUACAAGGAACUGCGAGAGCUGAUUGUGCUCAUUAAUGAUUGUGGUUACUUUGAACGUGCCCGCGCUGCAGAGCAAACAGAAGAAGAACAUGUGGAAGAGCAAAAAGAGGAGGAAACUGAAGCUGUCGAAGAACUGCCCAGUUCUUUGCCUCUCCCUUCAGAGACAUUUCAUGAAGUGACAGAGCCGGAAGAAGAACCAGCUCUUUCUGGCAUACACCAGGCUGCUGAACUUGAAGAUGCACGUCUCUCUCAUCCACAGGUAAUGCAAAACAGUAUGGCAGCAGAGCCUGCCGCUUCUUACUUCGCUUCAACUCCAACAUCUUCAGCAUACCAGACCACUCAGGCACAGCCCCAGCCUAUGCGUGUACGGCCGAUUGAUGAAAUUGUCUCUGCUGUUCAGGGAACUUUCAACUUUCUUCAGGAGUCCAUGAUUGAUGUUGACUCUCCACACAUCGACCCUGCAGUGGUUGCAGCUCAGCCCAUGAUAAGGCCACCUUCUGUUCCCCAGCCCCAGAGCAACAUGCUACCCCCUUCUGCCUACCCUUCAGCAUCGUUUCCAGAUCCCAGUUCCAUCAGUGUUGACCAACAGCAGCCUUCUCCCACGCAUACCAGUGAUGUUCAAGAUGCUCUCACUCUUUCCCAGCAAAAUAUGACACAAUCUAAACUAGACUAUGGCUCUGGCCAGGCCUUUGGGCAGGCUAACCUCUCACACUCACAGAACUUGCCUAGUAUGGGUGAAACCCUGUUUCAGUCAACUGUGGAAGAUAGUUCUGCAGCAGCAGUGGUGGUGAACCAGCAGAGAGGUCAUAGCAUGAUAGGCCAGCAGAUCGGAGCUGGAGAGCCACCUUCACAGUUUGAAAUUCCACCAUCAAUCCCCAUGCCACCUUCACAAUCACAGGAGGGAUCACAAAUCACACCACAGGAGAAGAAAUUUCAAAUGAAUGCCAGUGCACCAGUAUUCCAGUCCAUGUAUUCUCAGACCAACACAGUACCAGCUAUGUCCGGUCAGGCUCUGCAGCAAAAUACUGUUCAGCAGCCACAACCUCAGCCCCAAUCAUCACAGCCACAGAAUCAGCAGGAGGGCCUGAGCAGCCACCCAUCAACUACUGUCGGCGAUUUCCCUUCUGCACAACCAAACUUUGCACAGGCAGCUGGGGACUUCAGUCAGGCAGCAGGAAAUGGUUUUCCAAAUAAUGGCUUCCAACGUGGUGGUCGUAAUGGUGGGCCUCCCAACUUUCGUGGUGGUCAGCGGGGUGGCCGUGGUGCUAAUAAUAGCGGUGCUAUGCAAAAUGGCUUCAACAACCGACCUUCUUCUGGCAACAACCGUGGUGGCCGGGGAAGUUCUUCCUACCAAGGCUUCCCUCCUCGCAACGACUAUAGACCUGAUGGCUACCAGGGAUUUAACAACAAUGGUUUUAGUCCCAGUAACUACCAGAAACGUGGUGGACCAGGUGGUAUCAACUUCCCGCGUGGUGGUGCCAACAAUCGUGUUGCUACAGGCAUGCGAGGUGGCGCCCCAAGGAGUGGUGGCCCACCACGAGGGGGCAACACACGAGGCGGCAUGAAUCGGCCCGUUAGUGCACAGUAAAAAGAACAAGUUCAUGCUGCUGCUAUGUUCCACUUCAUGGCCGUGUGUUUUGGAACAUCACCUCUUCUACUCUUGUGGAGCCUUAUGUCAUUUCUGUUUGCAGCUGCUAUUAUUUUUUUAAAUAGUGGCUAUCCCUGCUUUAUUUCUUUGUCAAGUAAAUUUUGAAUGAGAGGAAAUUUACACCUUUUUUUACUGUAUUACUGAGCUAGAAAGACUAUAAAAGAUUAGAGAAAGUUGAUUUAUAUUAAAACAUUUCAGAACGGUUACUAAAGAAAGGAUGGUGUGCUUUGCUGUUUAGCUGAGCAGGUGAAAACGGUUCUGACAAGGGCUACACAAAUAUUCUCAACUCUUGACUUAACAGUGGGACAUACUGUUUUGACUGCGGAGGCAGUAACUCUCACUAUGUAGAUGUGUGCAGGCAAGAUUCGACAGGCAACGUUACAUGCCACCCGUAACAGACAAACAUCAAGGGUGGCCACAUUGCAUCUUUUUUUUUUUUUUGUGCUAUUACUCCCUCCUUUCCCAUUACUGCAUUUUUCAUGUUGAUUUUUUUUUAUCUUUUUGGAAUUGAACAAAUUAAAAAAAAAAUUGCAGUUUUUUUUUUUAAAGAAGUUAAUUGCAGGUCCUAAGAAGACUUGCUGUACAAUUUCAAGAUACUUUGAAACAAACAGCAUCUUCCGACAAAAACUUUUUUUUAAAAUGUACAUCCUAUAAGUUUUCUGUUUCUAUUUAAGGUAAACUUGUGAGUUUUGUUUACCUAGAGAAGUGAAGGCUUAAGAGGAAAUUAAAAUGAGCUAUGAACCUAUCAGCUUGAAUUUUAUUGCAAAAAUAAAA